UUCACCCGUACUGUACAGGCAUGGGGGAGGACCGAGCAUAGAGAACUCGUAAACGCUGUGGAGUUCCCUGUGCACACCGUGGCCAUGACUUUGACAGUACCGGCUAGCGGACGUUGCUCUCCCGUCUCCAGGCACCUGAAAGCGGACCGGUAGAGGAGGCUAACACCGGAGGGAGAGGCAUUAGCGGACGCCGGCUCGAGUCGGUAAAGCAGCUUUUAUUUGAUUUUUUAACGUGUUUGUUGAGCUUGUUUCUUCACGAGAUAACUGCCGCUCCUCGUUCAGCGGGUUUACGUGGACGCUACCGGGAGGCGCUUUUAUUUGAGCGGUGGAGUGCUGCUGAGUGAGACAGUUUGACACUUUCAGCGAAAACAGGCUGAAAGCUUCUCCUCGGGGACGCCGGUGCAAGGUGAGCGCUGUCCUCCCGUCAACCCCGGCGCUGCGCCGGCCUGCUGUACUCCAGCUCCAGGGCAACGCCGUCGUCGUCUGGCCGGUGCACUGCAGCUCUGUGACGUCCUCAGGUUCACCUACACCGGCUUCCUCUUACCGCCACCGCACUGUGUGACACGGGUUACUCUACAUUCUGCAGUCAGAGAGUUUCUGUAAAGGAAGACGCUUUGCCACAUGAUGUUCUCCAGUAAAUAUGUUGGUGAAGAAAGCCGGCCUCCACCUCCACAGCACCAGGCGAAGCCCCUAAAUGACCCUAUCCACUCUGAAUGAGACGGCAAGAUUCGACUUGUUUCAGACUCUGGCAAACCACCAGCAUUCUUUACCAGUGUAGAAGAUUAGACUUGACAGUUUUACCUCCCGUCAUUGGUUCCAGUCAGAGAAAACCACAUCUGCUUUCUACCUCGAAGGGAAAUAGAAAAGGAAGAAACAUCCGUUUACUUUCCAUGAUUAGUUUCUCAUCUUCUUCUCAUUGCAAUGUUUUUCCGUCUUACCUCAGGGAUCCUCUCCCACUGUCUACCUCCACCACCGAAACAGCCAGCCCAGUGACUGCAACACGAAGCAAUAAUACACCCGUGACCUGCCACUGUUGUUACCGUGACAACCAGUAUUGCCUCUCAAGAUCUCCUCAGUGCACCCGUGACGUGAGCAAAGACCUUUGACCUGUAACCACCUGCCAGCCCUUACCUGUUCACGGCCUAAACAGAACCGAUCAACACAAACCUGGUCUGCUUAUUACCUAAAGGAAAACCCUCAUUAAGCUCACACUUUCUACUCCAGGCAGACAACUGUAUACCUCAGCAAACACAACUUCUGGAUAGUCAGGAAACAGAAGUAAACUUUCAGUCACGACUCACUAUCCUGGUGCUUUAAUCUACCCAGCAGGCGACACAUGCUCACUAACCUGAUGCUUCAAGCCACGCAGUAGACUUCUCACUCUGGAAUCUUCCAAUUGCCUUAAAGGCACGAGUAUAGCAACAGUAGUGAGGUACUUGCACAAAACUUCAGUUCAUCUGAUCCUCAGCAAAGUCACGUCAUACACAAGCCUCAAGAUCUGAGCAGUAGCAGAAGCCAGCAAUCGCUCAGGGGACCGCUUUGGAAGUACCCCCACCGCCUUGAGUUUGGACGUCUCUUUGUGGAGUAGUGAAGCUACCCCAGGAAGAGGAGAAACUAUUGGGAGCCUCAUGUUCUGUCACUACUCUGCAGGAAGAUGCAAAAAGUAAAGAACUGACUGUCAGAUGUAACAGAGAGCGUUAUAUGCCCGAACGACGUAAACACAGAACAUAUCCGUACGGUGUGACGGAGAGGAAUAAAAGAAGGAAACAAAACAAGCUUCUCCUACAGAUGAGAAUAUAAUGCUUUCUGCUCCGCCCACUGCGCUCCUCCCAGCCAACCGCUGCCUACAGUCUGGGAUGGUUAGCUACUGAGCGGGCUGCCAGUGAACGCUGAGCAGGCUGGCGAACUCAGCGUCCGCCUCGCUGUCCUGUGAUUGGCUGCUGGAUGGGACUGAGGCCGAAUGGAGCCAAUGUCCAACAAGCAGGAUAGCAACUCAUCUGAGGGAGAUGAGAAAGGAUGGCCAGAGGUGCCGAAAAGGAAGAGAAAGAACAGCCAGUGCUCCGUGAAGAGCAUGUCGGCUCUUAGCGUCUCUGUUCCAGGGUACAUCCCCAGCUACCUGGAGAAGGACGAGCCAUGUGUAGUGUGUGGGGACAAGGCGACUGGGUACCACUACCGCUGCAUCACCUGUGAGGGCUGCAAGGGUUUUUUCCGCCGGACCAUCCAGAAGAACCUCCAUCCGUCCUACUCCUGUAAAUAUGAAGGUUGCUGCAUCAUCGACAAGAUCACGCGCAACCAGUGCCAGCUGUGCCGCUUUAAGAAAUGCAUCUCUGUGGGCAUGGCCAUGGACUUGGUGUUGGAUGACUCAAAGCGCGUGGCCAAGCGCCGUCUGAUCGAGGAGAAUCGCGAGAAGAGGAAGAAAGAGGAAAUGAUGCGGAUGCUACAGACGAGGCCAGAGCCAGACACCGCAGAGUGGGAGCUGAUCAGGAUGGUGACCGAAGCCCACCGGCACACCAACGCCCAGGGCUCCAGCUGGAAACAGAAGCGCAAAUUCCUGCCCGAUGAUAUUGGCCAGGGUCCUAUGGUGCCCACUUCAGACGGAGAUAAGGUGGAUCUGGAAGUCUUCAGCGAGUUCACCAAGAUAAUGACCCCUGCCAUCACUCGCGUCGUCGACUUUGCCAAGAAACUGCCCAUGUUUUCAGAGCUGCCUUGUGAGGACCAGAUCAUCCUGCUGAAAGGCUGCUGCAUGGAGAUCAUGUCACUGCGUGCCGCUGUGCGCUACGAUCCCGACAGCGAGACUCUUACUCUAAACGGCGAGAUGGCUGUGAAACGCGAGCAGCUGAAGAACGGCGGGCUGGGCGUGGUGUCGGACGCCAUCUUUGAUCUGGGCAAGAGUCUAGCACAAUUUAAUCUGGAUGACUCGGAGGUGGCGCUGAUGCAGGCGGUGCUGCUCAUGAGCUCAGACCGUUCAGGGCUGACCAGCGUGGAGAAGAUUGAGCAGUGCCAAGAGGCUUACCUUCUGGCGUUCGAGCACUAUAUAAACUACCGCAAGCACAACAUUCCCCACUUUUGGCCCAAGCUGCUGAUGAAGGUGACAGACCUGCGCAUGAUCGGGGCUUGCCACGCCAGCCGUUUCCUUCACAUGAAGGUCGAGUGUCCCAAUGAACUGUUUCCCCCGCUCUUCCUGGAGGUGUUCGAGGACCAGGAAGUGUAACUGUACAUCACCCUCAGAAAGAACACUUUUGUGGUGGCUUUGAGGGGAAGUUUGGCUGGAGGACAAGCGAGGACGAAAAACUGGAUUUUUUUUUCUCUUCAUGGAGAGCACACUCUGUAAAUUUCUUUUGUUGCCCCUUUGUGUCUGUUUUUUUGUUUUGUUUUGUUUUUUUGAUUUGUCAAGCAACUCCAGCAUCCACCACCAGCAAGCACACAUCAAUAUUAUCAGAGGAAUGCAAUCAGUCUCACUAGGCACACACACAAAGUACAAGCAGUGUAAAUACUUACAUAACUAUUCACACAUUCAUACACCAUAAAAAGUGUAUUUAUAUGCAAACAAUUGCAUUGCCUCUUUUUGCACCCCCAUGGAUACACAGCUGUACUGCUCCUGACUAAUGCAAACUGAGGGUUAUGUUUCUACUAGCUGCACAGCCACCUAUCACCUCAGAUAAGUGCUUUUUUUGUUUUGUUUUAAUCUCUGGGGCCUGAUCAUUAGCUUCUCUUUCAAUCCCUACACUUCCCUCACAUCUCCUUAACUGCAAAAGCAUCCUCUGUCCGCAGCCUAGCACUCAACCUGCCAAGGCCCCGUGAGUCUUUGUUGACCUACCUCCCUCACGUACUGACCUCUCUCUCUCUCGUGUAUACACAGGCACAUGGUGUACAUGCACAAAAGACACCCCUACAAUAUUACCUCAAACAAUAUUACCUUUCUGAUUAGAAAACACAGACUCGUGUAAUAUUUAGUCAAACCAUAUGCAAGCUACAGUGAGAAAACUUUGUAUGAAGCCCUUAUUUAUAUACAGAUAUGUCUUAUAACUGCAGACAUGAGAUGUUAUCGCUCGGUUUCCUGAGCAGGGACUAAACCCAGUCUAAAAAAAAACACUAAAAACUUUGUUUUCAGUUGAAAUCUUCAUUGAAUUUUCCUUCAAGUGUGGAACUGGGCUUAAUCCAUGCCUGGGACGCUGAACCCAUAGGUAUUAAUUACUGUAGUGCAUCAGAGGUUACAAGAUGUCAUGAACAUCACGGUGCUUUCUGUGAUCGCUAAGUGUUUUGCUAUCCAUCUUUGUGCAGUAAAUUCUCUUUGUUUACUGACAUGGUUCGAUAUUCUUGGAAACAGGUUUACUUUCUUUCUUGCUGUGACUUAAAUAUAAAGUUUGAUACCAUUCUUAUGCAGUAUUUGAAGC